AAAGGGGAGGAACCUGACCCGCUUAGCUUGCACCUCCACUGCCGCUGUCAUCCCCGCUGUCUCCGCCGCUUCUGUCUCUUCCCCGCUGAGAAGAUGACCGUGGGGAGGUCUGCGGGAGCCUCCGGCGGCGCUCAGUGGAGCCGUCAGAUAUUUCCCCCCAAAUCCUCCUCAGACACAGAGGCAGAAGAGGAGCUGUGUGGGAAUGGGCUGGUUUUGCCCAGGGCUGGCAAACUCAGUGAGUUCAUCAGCCCAGAGGAGGAGACAGAUUCUACUUCUGACUCAACUGCGAGUUUUUACGAGACCCUGCAGGCACUAAGGCAGAAAGACAGGUGGUGCCUGUUGGAAUCCCUUUAUCUGUCUGACCCAGACAGUGAUGAAAGCCUCUCUGAAGAUGAUGAGGACCUGGAGAGUUUCUUCCAAGACAAAGGCAGGGGGAAGCCACAGGUGCAGUCCCCCCGCUCUCCGAGGUGUGGCUCCAUGAGGCGCUGCAGCUCCUUGAGCAACCUGCCCGCCGAUCUUCCCAAGGCUCAGCCUCAGCCACCCUCCAGCUCCAGGCCUCCCUCCCAGCACAGAAGCAUCAGCUCCUGGACUUCAUCCAUCACCGUCCCUCAGCCGUUCCGCAUGACGCUGCGCGAGGCCUGGAAGAAGGCCCAGUGGCUGGCCUCCCCUGCCUCCUUUGAGCAUGAGAGGCAGAAGGCCCAGAAGCAGGGCCAGGAGGAGGCCGAGUGCCACCGGCAGUUCCGGGCACAGCCUGUGCCUGCGCACGUCUACCUGCCCCUCUACCAGGAGAUCAUGGAGCGCAACGAGGCACGCAGGCGGGCAGGGAUCCAGAAGAGGAAGGAACUGCUCCUCUCUUCCUUGAAGCCCUUCAGCUUCCUGGGGAAGGACGAGCAGCGAAAGAAAGCCAUUCAACAGAGGGACCUGGUCGCCACAGCUAAGGCCCAAGUCCCCAAGCAGAAGGCCAUCAGGAGGAUCCCCACAGCCAUUCUGGAGCCAGCCCUCGGGGACAAACUCCAGGAAGCUGAGCUCUUGAGGAAAAUUCGCAUCCAGAUGAGAGCCCUGGACAUGCUCCAGAUGGCCUCCUCCCCCAUUGCCUCCUCCAGUGGCCGGGCUGACUCACAGCCUCGAAUAGCCACCCGGACCCGGGAGGAGAAGCUUGGGUUUCUGCACACUGACUUUGGAUUCCAGCCUCGGGUGAAUCCUGCCGUCCCUGACUAUGAAGAACUUUACAAGGCCUUCCAGAAAAGAGCUGCCAAGAGAAGAGACACCAAGGAGGUGACUCGCAACAAGCCCUUCUUGCUGAGAACCGCCAGUCUGCGUCGUAUUCCUCGGCCCUGUGAUGCUGCCGCCUCUGAAGGGAGGAGGGAAUCUCCACAGCCACCCGGCACACCCCUGCCAAGGAGUCGUUCUCUGAGUGGGCUUGCUUCCCUCUCUGCCAACACCCUCCCCGUGCACAUCACAGACGCCACCAGGAAGAGGGAAUCUGCAGUCAGAAAUUCACUUGAGAAAAAGGACAAAGCAGAUCAAAGUACUCAGUGGUCGGAGAUGCACAAAAAGAAGUGUCAGGCGAUAUCUAAAUCUGUGACCUUGCGUGCCAAAGCCAUGGAUCCCCAUAAAAGCCUGGAGGAGGUGUUCAAAGCAAAGCUGAAAGAGAAUCGGAACAAUGACCGUAAAAGAGCAAAAGAGUAUAAGAAAGAAUUGGAGGAAAUGAAGAAGAGAAUACAAAUAAGGCCCUAUCUCUUCGAACAAGUUACCAAGGACCUUGCCAGGAAGGAAGCAGAACAACGGUAUCGAGACACCCUGAAGCAUGCUGGGCUGGAUGAAGACUUUGUGAGGAACAAGGGUCAGGGCAACCGGGCUUUACAGUGGAAGGAGCAAUCAGAAGUCCGUGAUUGUCCCAGGUAGUCCGUGUUAUUGUGUCUGCCUGAGGCUGUGAGUGAGCAUCUCCCAGACAAGGACACUCGGAAGCCAGCUACAGGUUCAAGAGAACAAAUGUGCUAUUACUGGACUUUCUGCAUACACAAAUCUGACCAUGUCAUACCCCAUUUAAAACCAUGCAGUGGCUACCCAGUGCCCCCAGGAUAAAAUCAUGUCCUAUAAGGCCCUUAAAGAGAAGAACCAGCUUGUCUUUCCUGCUCUCAUUUUUCCAUCCCACACCAAUCUCUCCAUUCCAUGUCCAUCACACUCAACCCUUUGUGGUUGCAUAGUCAGGCGUGCUCCCUCUCCUUUGUACACAUUGCUACCUUUACGCCUGUUCAAUUUCUUCAAAUCUCUCCCACUUCUCCAUCAAGAUGAUUGCUAUUCAUCCCUCAGGUCUCAACUUAAACUCUAAAACUUAUUCCCUGACUUCCCCCAAGACUAACACUACUACCCGGUAUAAAAAUUGCCAGUUCACUGACCUGUUGCCCUUCCCAUUCUAAACUGUACAGCACAACUCCAGGGGCAUCAUUUACAUAGCUAUGGAGUUAUGAAAGGCAGAGGUCCUAACUCUGACUCUAAGCUCUUUGAGAUAGAGAUUAUAUUUUGUUUACUACUGUAUAACUAGUACCCAGCAGAGUGCCUUGCACACAUCAGGUACAUAAUAUCUGUUGAAUGAAUUAUCUUUAUUCAUCUGGCAUUUAUUUGGGGUAAUCUGGAGUGCUUCAAUUAAAAAAGGUAUUUAGCAGUAUGGGAGAGAAAAACUCCAAAGUUUCAAAUAUAAAAAAAGAAAACGUUGGGGGCUUCCCUGGUGGCACAGUGGUUGAGAGUCCGCCUGCCGAUACAGGGGACACGGGUUUGUGCCCUGGUCCGGGAAGAUCCCACGUGCCGCGGAGUGGCUGGGCCCGUGAGCCAUAGCCGCUGAGCCUGCGUGUCCGGAGCCUGUGCUCAGCAAUGGGAGAGGCCACAACAGUGAGAGGCCCAAGUACCGCAAAAAAAAAAAAAAAAAGAAAGAAAACGUUGAGUGUUGUGGAUUGGUAUGUCAGGAUAAUAAUUUGUACUAGGUACAAAAAGAAGGGGAUGACUUUCCUGAACUAUUUCAGAGCAACCCAAUAGUUAAUGCAAGUAUUUCUUUUAUAGAAGAAUCACAGUUAAUAAAAGCAGAAGAAAAAAGAGAAUAAGGUAUCACUGUUUUGCAAGCCCUAAUGAAAAAACAGAUCUAGGCCAUGAUCAGUAAUGGUUGCCAAAACUUUUACAUAACCCACUGGUCAAUCUUGAGAUCAGUAAGAGGAGAACAACCAAAUAUCACGUGUCUCCUGAUGAGAGGUAGUAGGAAGCAAGAGUACCACCUAUAAAAUAUUCUUGCCAAGAGGAAAAACAAACGGUAAUCUAAUCAAGCCUCUAAACGUAAUUACCAGUUUUCAGGAAGUCUGUGGAUAGAGAAAUAUAUCAAACAACAAAAGGAGUCAAUCAACCAAAAUCAGAAUGUGGGAAAUGCUAUAAGACAAACAACCCAAUUCCUUAAAUAGAUAAUAGCCAUACUGAAAAAAAGAGGGGGAGGACUAUUAGAGAGAAAGAGAAUUAUUAACCAAAUGCAAUGUAUAGGCUUUGUUUGAAUUCUAAUUCAAACCAACCAACCAUAAAAAGAUUCUUUCUGAGAAAAAAUUCAGAAGGCUAAGAAUCAGAGGAUAUCAAUAAAUUAUUGUUAAUUUUAUUGGGUAUAAUAAAGAUAUGAAAAAAUAACAGAAAUAUUUACAGAUGAAAUGUCUAUGAUUUGAUUUAAUACUGCAGUACAAAUAAAUACUGCAGUACAAAUACCGCAGUACAAAUAAAACACCAACAGCAAACAGUAGGAAGGAAGUGAUAAGAACAGUAGAGUUAAUUGUUGAAGAUGGGUGACAAGUACAUGGAUUCACUAUACUAUUCUCGUUCUCAGUAUUUAUACUCUUUGAAAACUUCCAUAAUAAAACAUUUUAAAUAGAUAAACGAAGAGGGGAACAAAUAAAGGAAGACUCCACAGGUGAGACAUGUUCCAAAGCAGUUACCAGGAGCAGGUGACUUAGGAAAGAACCAAAUACCAAAUAGCAAAAACUUUCAAUAUAACAUAAGCAAGACUGAGACAAUGGGUCGCAAUGAUGAAUACAAGGAAAGGUCCUGGAAGAAACAUUAGCAUGCAUGCCCAGAGCCUUCUGAUCCUGGAUAUCCUCAGAAAUAUUACAGAAAAAUUGAGACCAUUCAAUAUAGGAGGCAGAGUCAUUUGAAUGCUGUAACAGCGGACUGUGGUCUACAGGCUAUAAUGAAAGGAAAAGUGAAAGAUACUAUAACACCAAAGCCAGAAUAUACAGGCUUUGGCAAAAGCUUAUGCAUAUGAAACAAGCUCAUGAGGAAGUAAUCUACCUCCACGACAUAAGGCCAAUAAAAUAUCCUAAGAUUCUAGAAGCCCAACUGGUUUUCAUUCUGUUUUCCGGGUCAGAGCCAAAAAAACAGAGUAA